AUAGAGCAAAAGCCUGAAUCCUGCUCAGAGGGAAGCUAGUGAAUGAAUCUGCUCUCUCCAGCGUAAGCCUCCCACAGCAACCCCACCUUUGUUUGUCUCCUGGCUGGUAGGUUCAGGGUAAAGUCCUCUUACAACAGCAGGUAUCGGAUUUCAGGAAGUGGAGGCUGCUUGUUUUAAAAGGCUGUCUCUGCCUUAGCCACAGGUUAAUGUUAAACGAGAGCAGCCGCACAAACUCUUAUGUUAUCCCCAAGUUUUCAGUAGUAGAAGCCUGGGUGCAAGGUGUGCUCUGCAAGGCAGCGGAUAACAGCAGUGAAUGGAAGAGGUACAGCUCUGCAGUUCAUUGUCUGGAGUGUUUGAGAAAACAGAACUGAUUUCAGCAGAGAAGAGAGAAGGAACAACGAAAAGAAAUUUGUUUCAUCCAUCAUAAGAAAAGGGGAAUGCAUGCUGAGAACUACCCUAUCUCCUCCCCACCACGCCUGUGCUGGAUUAUUGACACAGUCUCUGUAACUAACAAACCAGCUUUGAUUCAGGUCAGGUGUGGCUUCUAGAGUCCCUUUCACUGCAGCCUGCUUGUACCAGCUUGUGAAUGUGAAGGGAGGAAUAGGGAUUGAUUUACUGCUUUACUUUGAACAUUGGAGGGAGUUGGUAAGCAGAGUUCCCCUCCCCCUGCUUUUUUUUCCUUGUAUUUUCCUGGACUUGGUCAUGGCUCAGCAAAGUGGCCAGGCAAAUUGCUCUCAUGUGAUUGAUGACAGUCAUGUCCCAGAGUUCGAGGUUGCGCUGUGGAUCAAGAUCACUCUUGCCUUCAUCUACAUCUUUAUCUUUGUCGCGGGGAUCCUGGGCAACAGUAUCACCAUCCAGACCACCAAAGUGCUGCAGAGGAAAGGCUAUCUGCUGAAAGAGGUCACUGACCAUAUGGUGAGCUUGGCCUGUUCCGACUUGCUGGUCAUCCUGCUGGGGAUGCCUGUGGAGUUCUUCAGCAUUAUCUGGAGUCCCUUCUCCACCCCAAAUGGCAACGUGGCCUGCAAGCUGUACUGCUUCCUCUUUGAGGCCUGCAGCUAUGCCACCAUACUGCACGUGGCCACCCUCAGCUUCGAGAGGUACGUUGCCAUCUGCCACCCUUUCAAGUUCAAGGCUGCCUCUGGCCCCCAUAAGGCCAAGAUACUCAUUGCCUUUGUCUGGGUCAUCUCCAUCCUGGUGGCCCUGCCCCUUCUCUUUGCAAUGGGCACUGAAUACCCCCUAGAAGUUGUCCAGGGUCACCAAAGGGUGACUGCCUGUAAUACGCCUACCUCCAGACACAACUGGCCUAACCUGAUGCGCAAUGUCACUAUAUGUACAAAUCUUUCUUCCAAGUGGACUGUCUUCCAAUCCAGCAUCUUCAGCGCCUUCAUUGUGUACAUUGUGGUGCUGAUAUCGGUGGCCUUCAUGUGCCGCAGCAUGAUGAAAACUCUGAUGAUUCUCAAGAAUGGGACUGUGAUGGUUCAGGGGGUACAGAGUCACCAGGAGCAGUAUCUAAGGAAAAAUGAAAGCAUUGAGGGCAAGAACUCCAGGAAACAGACCAUCCUCUUCCUAGGACUGAUUGUUGCCACUCUGGCAAUAUGUUGGAUGCCAAAUCAGAUUCGAAGGAUCAUGGCUGCCGCUAAACCUAAGCAGGACUGGACUGUGCCCUACUUCAGAGCGUAUAUCACCCUUCUUCCCAUUGCAGACACCUUCUUUUACUUCAGUUCUGUGUUAAACCCACUCCUGUACAACAUCUCUUCUCAGCAGUUCCGAACCGUAUUUCUACAGGUCCUCCGUUGCCGUCUGACGAUAGAACAUGCCAACAAACAGAAGCUUCUGAGAGCCAAUUUAAAUUCUCGAACCAGCAGUAGCCGUUUUAUGCGUCCAUUGAUCUUCAUUUCAACUAAGCGCAAUUCUUCUAGAAAGAGCCCUGUUUUCUUAAGUACUUUUCAGAAUGAGACCAAACCUGACUGCAGUCCACAGAAAUUGAAUCUUGAAUCACCGGAGAGCAACUUGGAAAUAAUGCCACUAGAGACUAAUUUAGAGUCCAGUCCAGCUGCACAGAAUGGCCUUCAUGAACACGAAAUGUGACUCCGUGUAAG